AUGUUAUACUGCAAAGGAGCUGCUCACAAAUUUACUCAAGCUAUUGAACUAUAUACGCAAGCAAUUGAACUAAACGAUAAAAAUGUGGUUUACUACGCUAAUCGUGCCUUUGCGCAUCUUCGGCUUGAGGAAUACGGUAGUGCCAUACAAGAUGCUACAAAGGCUAUUGAAGUUGAUCCUAAAUACUCAAAGGGGUAUUAUAGGCGAGGUGCAGCUCAUCUUGCUAUGGGAAAAUUCAAGGAGGCUCUAAAAGAUUUUCAGCAGGUCAAGAAAAUAUGCCCAAAUGACAUUGAUGCAUCAAAGAAAUUGAAGGAGUGUUAA